CCUAACGUGACGUACGUCCUGGCGCCCGGUCAGCUAGCUUUCUAAGCUAGUUAGCUAGUUGUUGUCGUUAACCGCGUACACCGGAGUCGGUUAACGUUGGCCAACUAGCGAGUAACUAACGUGUUCUGCCCUGGUGACGGUCAGCAUCGGACAUGGACGACGAAAGCCACCCCAGAACCCUGUAUGUGGGGAACCUCUCCAGGGAUGUGACAGAGAUAUUGAUCCUGCAGCUCUUCACCCAGAUUGGGCCUUGUAAAAGCUGUAAGAUGAUCACAGAGCACACGAGCAACGACCCCUACUGCUUCGUGGAGUUCUUUGAACACAGAGAUGCCGCUGCAGCCCUCGCGGCCAUGAACGGGAGGAAGAUAUUAGGAAAGGAGGUCAAAGUAAAUUGGGCCACCACUCCAAGUAGCCAGAAGAAAGACACAUCCAAUCACUUCCAUGUUUUUGUGGGUGAUUUGAGCCCUGAGAUUACCACUGAGGACGUCAAGGCUGCGUUCGCACCUUUUGGGAAAAUCUCGGAUGCCCGUGUUGUGAAGGACAUGACGACAGGCAAAUCAAAGGGGUAUGGAUUUGUGUCCUUCUACAACAAACUGGAUGCAGAGAACUCCAUCAUUAACAUGGGGGGUCAGUGGCUCGGAGGGCGCCAAAUCAGGACCAACUGGGCGACGCGUAAACCACCAGCUCCAAAGACCCCCCAGGACAAUGGCUCAAAGCAUCUGAGGUUUGAUGACGUAGUGACUCAGUCCAGCCCACAGAACUGCACCGUGUACUGCGGAGGGAUCCAGUCCGGACUAUCAGAACACCUAAUGCGACAGACCUUCUCACCGUUUGGUCAGAUUAUGGAAAUCAGAGUUUUCCCAGAGAAAGGAUACUCCUUCAUCAGGUUUUCCUCCCAUGACAGUGCUGCACACGCCAUUGUUUCAGUAAAUGGCACGGCCAUUGAAGGACACAUAGUGAAGUGCUUCUGGGGCAAAGAAUCUCCUGACAUGGCAAAAAACCCACAGCAGGUUGAGUACAGUCAGUGGGGACAGUGGAACCAGCUCUAUGGGAAUCCGCAGCAGCAGUACGGCCAGUAUGUGACCAACGGGUGGCAAGUUCCCUCCUACAACAUGUACGGCCAGACGUGGAACCAGCAAGGAUUUGGAGUAGAGCAGUCCCAGUCGCCGGCCUGGGUGGGAGGCUUUGGAUCUCCGUCUGCCCAGGCUGCGGCCCCGCCCGGUCCAGUCAUGUCCAACCUGGCCAACUUCAGCAUGGCUGGCUACCAAACGCAGUGAGCCGGCUCUGACUUGAGCGUAACACCAAGGAGAUUUUCUGUCGACCCUUUUUAGACCACACGGCACUGCUGUGGUAAAAGAGGGGCAGGGGCCAUAUUCACAAAGCCUUUGUAGCUAAUAGUUGCUCUUUAACAGCCAGUUUAACAAUUAUGUUUUAAAUGUGUCACUCAGAACCUUUUUUAAAAGUUUAUUUGAUGAUAGCUUCAUAGUUCAGGUGCUCUUGGGCUUCUGAAGAAAAGCCAAACCAACUGUCCACGUACAUGUUAAAGGACGGACCCGUUAAAUGUUUGAUCCUAUGAAACCACAACCCAGUGUGUGACGGAGCGUUAGCAUACUAACUGGACAACUUUCUUAACAGGAGAAUAUUUGAGUUUGGACUUUUCUCACAAUCACACACAAUUAAUAAGUUGAGCCAGACCAUCAAAAGGUCCUUUAAGACUAAUUGUUAUCUUCUGAAAACCAGUUAAGUCCUUGUAGUUGGAGCUAAAAGCACACUUACUACAAGCAGUCAUGCUACUCUAGCAGCUCUCUGAACCACGAUAAAGAUUAAAAAACCAACGUUAUUAUUAAAUUAUCAGAAAUAUAGCAAUAUCUGCUCUCAGUUUGCCAAUAUGUUCGUUUAUUUUACUCAAAAAAGUGUUUGUUACAGGCUUGUCCAAGUGUUCAUUUACUCAUUUUAUACAACAAAACUGCAGUCAAGUACUUCAAGUACACGUUUGUCACAUAGGUCAGUUUUAAUGGCACACAGUGCCGACAGUGUUUUACAGAUCAACCAACCUGCUUAAAGUUGGUUUGGGCUUCGCUUCAGCUCACAGCCAGGUAUUUAGUCCUGUUUUUAAUAUAUUAACGAACAAUGCUUUGUGAAUAGAGGCCCCCCUCGGGAACGGUAGUUUACCUUUCCACUAUAUGUGAAGCAACUAUUUGUAUAAACAACUGUGGCUUUAACGGAGAUCUGAGCGGGACGUGGUAUCUCUUGGGUAAAUUUUUGUGUACAAAGAAAAUUUCACAUACACAGCUCGAAAAGCUAAAAAUUAAAUAAAAAUAAAAAAAUUAGGUUUUUCAUGUUUUGUAUCCGAGUGAUCAGCAUGUUCUUUGCAGACUUUUGAUGGACUUUAGUUUAAACUUUAAUGUAGCCUUAGAUUGGACUACUUUAUAACCCUGUGUCUCAAUGCAAAGGCUAUAGCACAUGCUCACUAUAUAAAGAAAAAUACUAUAAAAACAGCUUAACCCCUGAACUUUGUAAAGGUAACUGACUCUGCGUGCUGAUUCUGGGGCUGGUUUCCUAGAAAAAAUAUUGAAUCUUUAACUAUUUUCUUCCUUCCUCCUGAUAACCUCAGUUAAUUUAUAGUCAUUUCUUCCUGACGUCUGUGGGAGUUUUUGCUUAAUUUAGCACCAAAACCAGCCCCUGAUCAUACUGCAUCAUGUUUUAUGAUCAUUCAAAAAUGCUGUACUUUACUCACCCACUUUUGUAAAGACAAAUUGUACAAUGUUUUAAGGCUAAUUAUACAUUUAUUUUAAGUUUAUUCUCCCUCAGUGCAGUCUGAAUUUUCUCAGUAUUUGCAGAAUAUUUCCACAAAUUCCAGGUAAACUAUUGAAACUAUUUACAGUCAAAUUCUGACGAGGAUUUCUCAAUGACGUCCUGCCAUUGUGCCAUUCUGUACAGUGUAUUACACUCUCCUUUAUCCUGGCGUACCAGCCAACAAACUUAAUGAUUUUGUUUGUUUAUUUGAGCAUUUGGGGGGGGGGCUGUUCAUGUAAUGAAACAGGGUCGUGUUGGCAGACGGUGUAAAUAUAAACCUCGAUCACAAACCUUCAUGAAACUUAUAAUGUACAUACUGUAGGUAGAAUGUGAUGAAUUGAAAUGCCAUCAUUAAAUUUCAGCAAUAUAAUUUAUGAAUAAGCCUUAAUUGAUGUGUCAGUAAAUUCAAACUUUGUGUUGCAAAUCUAAAUUCUUCUUCCACUGUGGAUUCUCCCGUUUUAUUUUAAUUUUUUAUUUUGUGUGCCAUUUUCAGGAAGUAGCAGGAAGGAGGUAAUUGAACUGCACACUUAUUGACAUGUAAUAUAUUUGUUGCUUAAGAUAUUGAAUGUAAUAUGGCAGUUUGCUUUUAUGACGAUACAAUACGUUUUAAGUUGAACAACUGAGGUGAUGUUUAAUAAUAAAGGAUGAAAUCAACAAAAAGUCACUUCAAAUAAAGAAACAUUUGAAUCCUG